GAUCCAAUCAAUACCACCACAUUUAAUUCAACAUCAACAUUACUCUAUUCGAGAGCAGAAAUGGUGUUGAAAUUGUACCUACUAUUCGGAGCCAUUUGGGUGUUGACCUAUUCUCAAGGCAUUCUUACUGAUGGAAGUCUUCCUAAAUUUUUAUCAACAGAAAUUCCAUGUCCCGAAAAUGGAAUUUUCCGCUCAGACCCUACUGAUUGCAGCAGAUUCAGAGUAUGUGUAGAAGACAGAGUUUAUACUUUUUCAUGCCCAAGUAACUUAUUCUUCAAUCAUAAAACUAGACGUUGUGACUACGAACACCUAAUCGAGCCACCAGAUGGUUAUUGUGAAUAUCCGGAGAUAAUGUAUGACAAACCGCAUUUUUGUGACUGCCAGAAAUAUGUUUUUUGCAAUUCGGGGAUUCCUGCGAUACUGAAAUGUCCAACAGGCUUCCAUUUCAAUUUGACAUCAGGAAUAAUCCAGGUUAGUUCUUCAACUAAUCGAAUUAAUGUUUGUACGGAAGGAGAUUGUCAUGUUUGAAUAUAAAGAUGAUUAAUAUUUG